CCUUUCCCCCCACACACAGUAGACGAGAGAGAAUAGAAUGCAUUGAUUUGUACGGGAUGCACUGGUGCCUGGUAACGUUAUGCUUUGACAUGAAUGCAGUCGAACUGUGAUGCUCUUGCAGGGACUGGAUAUUACAAAACUAAUGGUAGGCUUUUUAGCAAUAAAAGUGCACUUCUAAUGAUGCACUACUCAAACUGGCUUAUUGGCCUGAAAAACAGGGCAAGCCUUCGAAAUGCAUGCAGAACACCACCUAACAUCGAUUGGGGAAAUGUGGUCGACUUGAAGAACAAUAACCCGCAGCCUAAUCAGAAGAUACACGGGGUUACGUUCACCAACCAUCUCUGGAAAAAAGGCUACAAAACAAUCAAGAAAAUCGGGGAGGGUACAUUUUCUGAGGUGUUGAAAACGCAGUGCCUGCGAGAUGGGAAGUUCUACGCAUGUAAAACCAUGAAGCAGACAAUUAACAGUCUGGAGCAGGCCAACAACCUGCGGGAAGUCCAGGCAAUGAAGAGACUGAGCCCGCAUGCAAAUAUCAUCCAGCUACAUGAACUGAUUUUUGACAAAGAAACUGGGACUGUGUCUUUGAUUUGUGAGCUGAUGGAGAUGAACAUCUAUGAGUUAAUACAAGGGAGAAAAACACCACUGCCUGACAAUACAGUAAAGUAUUACAUGUACCAGCUUUGCAAGUCACUUGAACAUAUACACAGCUGUGGGAUCUUCCACAGAGAUGUGAAGCCAGAAAACAUUCUCAUCAAACAAAAUGGUCUGAAGCUUGGCGACUUUGGCUCAUGUCGCAGCGUGUACUCCAAGCCCCCGCAUACCGAGUACAUCUCCACACGCUGGUACAGAGCCCCAGAGUGCCUCCUCACCGACGGCUACUACGGCUUAAAGAUGGACAUGUGGAGUGCUGGUUGUGUCUUCUUUGAGAUCAUGAGCUUGAAUCCUCUUUUCCCUGGAACCAAUGAGUUGGACCAGGUUGCCAAGAUCCAUGACGUGUUGGGAACACCUGAUGAAAGCAUCUUCCAGAAGUUAAAGCAGUCUCGAACUAUGCAUUUCAACUUCCCCCCUAAAAAAGGCAGCGGUAUCUCACGGUUAAUCCCUAACUGUCCGGCUCCAGCUCUGUCACUGCUCUAUCAGAUGCUCGCCUAUGACUCUGAUGAACGCAUCACUGCAGAAACAGCCCUGCGGCACACAUACUUUAGGGAAACUAGACUGGCAGAGAAGAAAGCUGAGACGCUUCACAGAGUUUCUGGGACUAUGGAUGGACUAGACAGUAGUGGGACGUAUAAUUCCUUAGAUCACAUCUGGCGUCCAACCAGACUUGGCAAACAGCUGAGGGGAAGACACACAAGGCAAACCCCUUUAAUAAGCCACAACUUGAAGCAUGUAGCAGACCCUCUCAUCCGACGGAACAUCCCUCAUUACCCUGCAGAGCUGCCCAAGCUCAACAUGGUGGUACCAGGACCACAGAUCUCCUUCCCUGUCUCCACUCUGCCUGCGUUUACCGUCACCCGCAGAGGCACACUGCCAACCAUCCCAUCGAAAAAGUGCCAGACGAGGUUGGCCAAGCCCAGGGACGAGUCGCAUCGUGCAGCUUUCAAGACCUACUGCAUUCCACCUCUGGAUAGGAAACACGGAGGCUUCUGAGGGGCCAAAAACAAUUCCAACGUUUUAUUCAAAUUUGCCUCUUUAAACCGGAUAGACCGGUACUGUCAAACACAUCAUUGAGAGGACAAUGUUUGGACAGGCCUGAUGUUGAAAUCUGUAAAGAAACAUGUUUCACAAAACAAUGCAACAAAGACUGCCAAGACUUUGACGGCUAGGACUGCAACAUUAAAGCAUUCAAACCCCACUGUAAUAAGUUCAGUGUGAUAUCUUCACAAACAAUAUGAGAGGUCAUUAGUGUUUCGUUAUGACCUCAGUGUUACCCGAACUGUUUACAAGUGUUUACAUUUGUUUUUCAUCUUUCAUGAUAUUAUUACACAAGCUAAACAAUUUGAAAAAACAUGGACCGAUUGCCGUUUGAAAAAUGUUACACAUUUUAAUCACCAAUUUUUACUAGAAAAAUCUUUAGAUAUGUAAACUUUUCUACAACAAACUGAAAAAUAUGUGAAAGCAUUUGUCAUCUUUAAUGUAAAACAUCCAAAAUAUCACAUUUUAAUAAUAAGUUGAGGUCAGCUGUAUGUAGUUAUGGUAUGACGACACAAAAACUUAAAGAUCCAACAGCUUGUUCGUUAAGUCCCUGGUAAAAAAUGUAUAACAUACGCCUUAUAACCAGAUUCUCUGAUAGAUCAAAUACUACACACUGACUUAUUAAUCAGCUGUGAUUCAAAGUGGUAGAGCAAUAAAUAGGGUUGAAUACCUUUUUUAGAGGCACUGUAUACUUCGUCUCUUUCUUAAUAGCUGUGAAUAAACUGCUCCGGAUUAACUGGUUUUAGGGCGACAGUCUUCCUGCUCAAAAGGUUAAAGGGAAAAUAAAACACUUUAAGUGCUUCACAUUUAACCUUAGCAACAGCAUUGUUUUGCAGAAGUAUUUUAAAGGCACUUUUAAUCAAACUGUAAUGUACAUAAAAAGCCUGCUGUGGGAAACAAAGCAGACUUGGAACAACUGAAAACGAAUGAUUUUCCCUUAGCAUCGACUAUGUAUGUGAAAACAUCUGUGUUUUGUACGGACUUUAAAAAGUCCUGACUUUUUUAAAUGUUUGUUUAGAAUGUAGCUCAGCCAGUACCUUCACUGAAGCAGUGUGGCUAAAAUGUUAUUUAGAGCUGUGAGCUCAUUACAAAGGACUGGGACUCAGUCUGCAGUUAAUGUGGCUUAUUGUGAUGUAUAACCAGAGUAAAGAAGUGUGCUGU